AUGGGAACAUCCAGACCUCGCGCCCCGCCAAAGGCCCCUGCGACACCUGCCAAGUCCGUAGAGGUGUCACGACACCUGCCCGACAAGACCUUCGUCAUCGACAAUGGCGCCUACAUGAUCAAAGCGGGCUACGCCUCUGAUCUCCCACCCGAAGAAAGUGUUUCCGCCUGUACCUCGAUUCCCAACGCCCUCGUCAAGACGCGUGAUAACAAAAUCGUCAUUGGCUCUCAGCUGUCGACAGUAACCGACUGGAAUGAGGCCAUGUUCCGACGCCCGUUGGAGAAGGGAUAUGUUUCGAACUGGGAAGCGGAGAGAGAGAUUUGGGACCAGUCGUUCUUUGAUGAGAAAGCGUCGGCUUGGAAUAAGAAUACUCGGAUCGCUGAUCCCGAGAAUACUACACUUGUGCUUACUGAAGCGCCGAAUGCCCUGCCUAUUCUGCAACGACACUCAGACGAGAUGGUUAUGGAGGAAUGGGGAUUCGGGGGAUAUGUGAGGUGCAUAGGUCCGACCCUUAAUGCGUGGAACGAAAUUCAUACUCUCUUCGGCGACCCCCUCACCACGACACCAGACUCAACUCCUCUGCCCGCAGACUGCUUAUUGGUCGUCGAUUCUGGCUACUCGCACACAACAGUGACUCCGGUUUACAAAGGUCAAGCUCUGCAACGUGGAGUGCGAAGACUCGACCUAGGAGGCAAGCACCUGACAAACUAUUUGAAGGAGAUUGUGUCAAUGCGCCAGUACAACAUGGUUGAUGAAUCAUACAUCAUGAACGAAGUCAAAGAGGCAGUUUGCUAUGUGAGCAAUGACUUUGCCGGGGAUUUGGAGCAAACGUGGAAAGCAGGGCGGAAGCGCCAGGCCAGUUCUGAAGAAGGAAUUGUGCUAGACUAUGUGCUCCCUGACCCAAAUGCAAACAGAAAGGGUUUCAGCAGACCCCAUGACCCACUUUUGCAAGUUAAAAAGAAGAAAGGAGCGCUAUCUGGCCUCAGUGCUGAAGUAUUAUCAGAGGAUGUACUCGUGCUGGGCAAUGAACGCUUCGCUGUUCCAGAGAUCCUAUUCACCCCAAGUGAUAUCGGGAUGAAGUCGGCCGGUGUACCCGAAAUAAUCCUUCAAAGCUUGUCGGCUCUUCCUACCGGCCUGCACUCUGCAUUCCUGGCGAAUGUCAUGGUUGUUGGCGGGAAUGCCUUGAUUCCAGGCUUCAUGGAAAGAUUGGAAACUGAGUUGCGGCAAAUUGCAUCUGCCGAAUGUGUGGUGAGAGUGCGCCGGGCUACUGACCCUGUCCACUCAACAUGGCUUGGAGCCUGUCGUUUCGCCACAAACAGAGAGGAAAUCAGCAGAGUAGCCAUUUCUCGUCAAGAAUACCAAGAAUAUGGAUCUGGAUGGGCUGGUCGACGGUUCGCCGGCCUUGUAUAA